GGAAAUUGGGGAUAGAAGGAAAGAGGAGAACCGGCGUGAUAAUAAGCAUAACAGACAAACAAAAGGGAAGAAAAAACGGGGGAAAGGAAGUGGUAAAGAAACGAGGGAAAAGAAAGAAACAACGAAAUCAUGGCAGUGAACGAUUUUUCAAACGCGGGCCUUUGGGUGUCACCGAAUGUUACGGUGGCUGAGGUGAAGGGGAUACCAAAUUUUUUUUCGAAGUCCAUGUUCGGGAAUACGCCGGAAUUGAAAUCGGCGGCGCAGGUUGUUGUGGUAACGGCGCUGGUAGCGGUGAUCCUGCGGAUAUUCUCACGACGGAGGUUGAAGACUAGAGUUUGGUGGGAUGAUGUUUGUACUAUGGCUGCUGUCUUUUUUCUCGUCACGAACCAGACGGUGUUCUCCAUGAUCGAAUUUCUCGGGAAGACGAGCUUUUCAUUUCUGGGGAAGCAAAGCAAGACUGAGGAGCUGAAGAGGAUUCAAAAGAUUGUGGUCGGGCUCAAGCUCACGUUGGCCUUUGAGGUCAUGUACUUGAUCAGUAUCUAUCUGGUCAAAUUUGGCAUGUUGUUCCUCUACUGUCGUUUUGCAAAACACACAAAACAUAUUACAGUUUACCUUCGGAUCACUCAAGUGUUAUGUCUGAUAGCCUUUGCGGUGUGCAUCCUGUCACUUUUCUUGAGCUGCAUUCCAAUAAGCAUGUUCUGGAGCCUAUCGAACUCAAAUAGGUUACCAUUUUUCAAGUUCAAUGUACUCGGAGGACUCUUUUGACAUACGCUUCUGGGAUCUCAAACAUCGUCACAAAUACCCUAGUCCUCGCAGUGCCAGUACCGCUACUAUUUAGAGUGAAACUGAGUCUGAGGCAAAAAAUUGGUGUAUCUGUGCUCUAUUUUUUCGGAGCCUUCGUGAUAGUAGCUUCAGCCCUUCGAUUCGCAACACAACUUCUCAAUGUAUCUGUUCCACAAGCGAUCGGGUGGUCGCAGAUUGAGAUAUCGCUGGCCAUAAUCUUGGCCUGCGCGCCCAU